CAAAUCGAAACUAAUUUAGUUUUUGAAGCUGAAAUUCUUUUGCAAUGGCAUAGAUAUUUGGAUUCUGUCUCAUUUUAAUUGUGGAAUUCUAAUCUAAGCUUGAGGCUAAAGACCCUACCGUAGGAGUGGAAAAGCAACCUGAAAGCUCAAAUCUUUCAUCUAAAAAUGUCAAAGCACACAAAUUCUGCCGAUUUGUCUUCACUUACGAAGGCGAAUAAACACACCGCUCUUUCUGUGGUUGGGAGAUCUUAACGUAUUCAAAAUGCAAUUUCUCCCUCCCAAGACAAGGAAAUUGACCGUAUAAUCGAAGAGAUAACUUUGAGUGAAGGUGAAAAGGAUGUUGUGCCACUUGAUGAGGACGAGGAACUACCAUAGCCAAUCAAGACGCAGAAGAGCUUCGAAGAAAAAGUUGACUAUCUUUUACAAACAAAUUGAUGAACAACUAAAGACUAUAGAAGAAUUGAACUUCAAGGCUACAAAGGAUUCUUCCCCAAUUGGAAGCCCUCGGGGAGCAGUUGUCAGAUAUCGAAACUUGUAUUUUGAGUCGCAAAAGCAGAUUGAAUCCUUGAUGAAUGAAAACCAUCAACUAGCUCUCAAGUUGGAACGAGCCCUUGGCAAACUCGAAGCAUAUGAGAAUGGAGCCAGUGCAAUUUCUGAAGGAUUGAAGAAAAUGAAGGAGACGAUCUUGGUCACAAACUUGACAAGAUCAACUGAAACUGCAGUGAAUUUUUCUACUCAGGCCUUUCCUUUGAUGGAUGCAGGUGCAGAGCCUCUUAAGAAGAAGAAAGCUCGUACCGGUAAAUAGGCUUCAAUUUAGAUA